AUGGCAGAUCCCAUGCUGUCAAUGACUGUGGAAGGAACACCACUGACCUUCCUGGUGGACACUGGAGCGACCUACUCCACGCUUAUAUCCACACCAAACACUGCAACCAUCUCAGACCACACUGUGAGCGUGGUUGGUUUCUCCGGGGUUCCAAUGACUCUGCCACUAACUGAUCCAGCACUGACCGAGCUGGGAAAACAGACUUUGACGCACAGAUAUGUAGUGUCGCCGCAGGUACCUGUAAAUCUUAUGGGCAGGGAUCUGCUCGUGAAGCUGGGAGCUACCAUCACUUGUUCUGCAGAUGGACUGACUGUUACUCUUCCAGGAGGAAACCAGUUCCCGUGCCUGGGGACACAUACAAAGACUCAAUAUCUGAUCCAAGACUCUGAACAAGCUACAGCCGACAUCUACUGGGGGAGGCUGGUGGAAGACGGCAUUCUGAGACAAUAUGAGCUGUGGAGACCCUGGAUAAUGAGCCUGGCCGUCUACACCCCGCCGCGUGACCCUUACCACGUCACUCUGUUUUAUGAUAGGGACGACGAUGACACGUACCGAGAAAAUUUUGAAAAUGACCUCGAAGGUCAAAUUUGGAGCGUGCGUUGCCAUAACAUUUAUGUAGGCCCGGAAGGGGUAGCAGCGGCUGUGAAAUUGACGGACGAACAACUGCUUUGGUACGAGAUGGGCUCAGAUUCAGCUCCCCAUGUCACUUUGGCGGUCCACGUCGGUCAUCAGGCCAGAGAGUUGGGUCCGAUGGUCAAGCGGGCCCUGGAUAACAGCUGGUGGCAAAGUACUCAAGUCCCAAAUGUCUGGUAUGCACCACAGUGCAAAACCUAUCGAAUCACCUGUCUGUCUAACGACGCGGUGGUUGUAGAACACAAAGAAAUUUCAAGAACACACGGCAGGGAAAAAACAGACCACCCUGACGCAGUUGCAGCGCUUUCACAGCUCCCUGACUGUUUGUGGUCAACAGGGCCCACGGAUGUUGGCCUGGCCAAUUGUUCACCCGUCCUGUUCCAGCUAAAAUCGGAAGUGCCAAUUGAGAGACCUCAGUACAGACACAAACCAGAAGCUGAGGAAGGAAUUGCAGAAACAAUUGAGGGAUUGUUGGAAGUAGGCGUGCUCGAGCCUUCUCAGUCAUAUUGGAACACACCCAUUCUGCCAGUGGAGAAGCACGGGACAGGAAAGUACAGGAUGGCACACGAUUUGAGAGCCAUUAAUGCAAUACUACGUACAGACACCGUGCCUGUACCAAACCCAUACACGGCUUUAACAGCCAUUUCGUGGGAACAAAAGUGGUUUACAUGUAUUGAUCUUGCUAAUGCUUUCUUUUGUCUCCCUCUGCAUGAAUCACUCAGGGACAUUUUUUCAUUCACAUACAGAGGACAGCAGUACAGAUACACACGCCUGCCACAGGGUUUUGCCUUGUCCCCAGGCAUUUUCAAUCAGGUGCUGAAGGACGCGCUGUCACCAUGCCACCUGCCUGAAGGUUGUACAUUAAUUCAGUAUGUUGAUGACUUGCUGAUCGCAGCCCCUUCCGCAUCCGCCUGCACAGCAGCGUCUCUGGUGGUUCUGAACCGUUUGGCAGAAUGUGGGUUUAAAGUAAGUAAAGAAAAACUGCAGCUGGUCCGACCGGAAGUAACAUUUCUGGGCCGAGUCAUCGCACACAAGUCAGUGGGUUUAAUGAACACACACAGGGACCAGAUUCUGACACACCCAAAACCAAGAACGGUGAAGGAGCUCCUUUCCUUUCUUGGGCUGACAGGUUACAGCAGACAGUUUAUCCCGAAUUAUGCGGGUAAAACGGCCCCCUUAAGGGACCUGAUCAAAAAGGUGGGCGUUCGAAACCUUAAGGCCGAGCUGCCAUGGACACCACCCACAGAGACAGCAUUCAUUUCACUGAAACAAGAUCUGUCAAGAGCAACAGAUCUGGCUACACCCAACUAUGAUGAACCAUUCUAUCUUGAUGUUUCUGAAACAAAUGAGAUUGUGAAUGGCGUUUUGUUUCAGAAAAAAGGAGGAGGUAGGGAUGUGCUUAUGUAUGUCAGCAUAAGAUUAAAUCCAACAGAGGCCAGACACCCCCCAUGUACACAGCAUGCAGCUGGGGUAGCAAAAAUCAUUCAGAAAACAGCACAUGUAGUAAGAGAACACCCACUUAAAGUGCUCACCACACACAGUGUAGUAGCCUAUGUGAACUCACAAGCCUUCACAAUGACACCACUGAGACAACAGAGAUUGAGCAAAGUCCUAGAUGCUCCAAACUUGACGUUUACACAUGAGGGCAUAAACAUGGCAGACUUGAUGGGGUCAGGGGAACCACACGACUGUGCGAAAAGAGCUGAAGCUGAAGAGAAGGUCAGAGAAGAUUUGAAAGCAGAACCUAUCAUAGGUGCGGAGGACUGGUUCACAGACGGCUGUUGUCACCGUGAUGAAGAAGGACUGAAAGCAGGCUACGCGGUGGUUUCCAGAAGAGGACGACAGUAUGAGGUAAAAGAAGCUGGAAGAAUAGAGGGUCAGCAGUCAGCACAGAGAGCUGAAGUAAUAGCCCUGACUCGAGCCCUGAGACUGGCCAAGAACAUGAAGGUGAACAUCUACACUGAUUCAGCUUAUGCGUUUGGGGCAGCUCACGUGGAACUCGCUCAAUGGAAGAGAGCAGGUUUCAGAACAGCAACCAAUGCCCCAAUAUGCCAUAAGAAGGAAAUGGAGGAACUGGAAGACGCUCUGAACGACCCAGACAUGGUAAGCAUCAUAAAAUGCAAAGCACACUCUCAAGAAAACACAAUGGUAGCAAAAGGGAACCAGAAAGCAGAUGAAGCCGCCAAAGAAGCUGCCGGCUACAAAGGACGAAGGCAGAUGGUGGAGGUUAUUGCUGAAGAAGAGCCAACCGUUGAUGUGUUGGAAGAAGCCAGAAGGGCGCAGGACGAAGUCACCCAAGAGGAAAAGGAGGUGUGGCAGGCCCGAGGAGCCAGAAAAGAAGGAGGUCUGUGGAGAGGACCCCACGGGCGACCGGCUCUAACAGCUAAGCUGGCUGAAAAGAAGGUAAGUGAGGCACAUGGACUUGGCCACGUGGGUGUGACACAGAUGGAGAGAAACUUGUGUCACUGGUGGCACCCUCACCUGAGAGACAUGAUAAAAGAAAAAGCCAGAACGUGUCUGAUCUGUGGGGCACACAAUCCAAAGCCAGCGGUGAAGCCAGAACCAGGUAAGUUCCUCAUGCCAGAGAGACCAGGAGAAGAAAUUGUGAUUGACUACACUGACAUGGUGGAUGCGGGACCAGGAGGACUGAGGUACUUGUUGGUAUGUGUGGAUGCUCUGACCGGCUGGCCAGAGGCAUGGGCGACUAAAAGAGAGGAUGCAAAAAGUGUGAUUAAAUGUCUGAUUAACCACUACAUCCCAAGGCAUGGGUUUCCCAAGAGAAUUAGAUCAGAUAACGGGACCCAUUUUAGAAAUAAGGAUUUAGCAGAGGUGGAGAGAAUGUUGGGGGUCCAGCAUAAAUUCGGGACAGUGUACCAUCCUCAGUCCCAAGGAAAAGUAGAAAGAAUGAACCUAAAUUUGAAGAACAAAUUGGCUAAAAUCUGUGCACAGACAGGGUUGAAUUGGGUUGCAGCCCUGCCAAUUGCUUUGAUGACCAUAAGAUGUUCUGUUAACCAAUCCACAGGUUUCACGCCCUACGAGCUGCUGACAGGGCGGCAGUUUCCGGCGCCUUGGACGGUGGUUCCAGAAACAGGACAGUCUAAGAGAAGUAACAAGUCUCAUGCUGAAUAUUUUAAUGAGUUAAAGGCUCUUGUGUCCAGUUUUACAAAACAGGUGACCGCCGGGAGGCCCACGGCAGAAGGAGAGGUUCCAGAGGCAAAAGCAGUGUGGCUGAAAGUCAUAAAGCGGAAGUGGAAAGAGCCUCGCUGGACCGGACCCUACGAGGUGACGGCUCGGACGGCCACAGCGGUCCGUUUGAAAGGAAAAGGUGAAAAUUGGUAUCACUGGACGCAGUGUGCUGCAGCAGACGAGAGCCUGGUGGACAACGACCUAGCUCCACCGAACACGGGGGCUGACGACAGCCAGAGGCAAAAUAAAUCCUCUCCCCCGUGCAACGGGCCGAACAGUAGUCUACCUGGGAGGCCGAAGCAAGAAGAACAGCAAAGGAGGAGAUCCCCACGCCAACGCAAGGGAGUGGCACGUAGCAAGAAGCGUGAGGAGAGAAAAUUGACAGCCCGGAGCAGCCCACCCGAGCACGGAGGUCAGCCCAGCCCUCCACUGACUGAAAAACAGAACACUGAAAUGCGGCCAUUAACGAGACCCAAACGUGAGGUAUCAGGUAAAAGGGAUGGGUGUCUCAGCGCCUAUAAUGGCAUGGAAUUGGACUACGUUAAAGGGUCCACAAGUUCAUACUCGUUUGAUUUGUGUGAAGUGAUUAACUGCAAAGGCGCAAACAGCAGCUGGAGGGGAUAUGACGUGUGGAUCUGCAGUCACCCGGAUAUUUGUACCCGGGGAGGGAACCCUCACUCCAGCCGGGGAAUCCGCCCAGUACUAGCGUCAUAUACCGCAGGGCAGUGGUGCAUUCCUGGGUGGAGCAAUGUGGUAGCCUGGACUGGAGUGAAGUGGGAGCCACACGUCCCUGAAGAAUUGAAAGGGAUAGCGAUCCAGAGGGACUUUUCUGCUUCACAGAACCCUAUCACCCUGUCUCUGGGACCAUGGAGCUCUCUGCCCAGGUCCAGUAGUCCGGGAGGCGUGUUCUACCUGGUGAUUGGGGUAGAUGUUUCAGGGACAGACCCGACAGUGACUCCAAACAAGAACGUGGAUAGAAUAAACUAUGUCCAUUAUAAUCUGCUGAGACUCUCAAACCUGACCAGGGAUGCCUUUGAGGGAGUGGCGGAGCAGUUGGGUCCGACCUCAUUAAUGGGGGUCCAAAACAGACUCGCCCUCGACAUGGUUCUGGCUGAGAGGGGAGGGGUCUGUGCUAUGUUUGGUGACCUGUGUUGUACUUUCAUUCCCAAUAAUACGGCCCCAGAUGGCUCAGUUACCCGAGCUCUGGAAGGUCUUAAAACGUUGUCAAGGACCAUGCAUGAAGAUUCUGGAAUUGAGAAUCCCUUUGAGGGCUGGAUGACAUCCGUGUUUGGGCAGUGGAAAGGGGAUCUUGGUCACCUGCGGAUGCUGUCUCAUUCCUUGUGUCAGAGGAUUGUUGGAAAAGGUAAUUACGAGGGCAGUGGACCCCGGGGCGGUGACCCCGGUGUCUAUGAUGCCAUUGAUGGACGUAGAAAUGACUGA